AUGUUGACAACCUUAAAUGCUAGCAAGAGCAUGUCAGCCCAGCUGGAUAUUUUCAUGCUCUCUCAUGUUGGGCUUGCUGCCCAACAUGAGAGAGCCAUGAAAAUAUCCAACUGGGCUAACAUGCUCUUGCUAGCAUUUAAGAUCUAUGCUACUGUGAGGAACGGAUCAUUGGCAAUCGCGGCCUCGACACUCGACUCCCUGCUUGAUCUAAUGGCAGGAGGGAUACUUUGGUUCACGCACCUGUCCAUGAAGAGUAUAAAUAUUAACAAGUAUCCCAUAGGGAAAUCGCGGGUUCAGCCCGUCAGGAUUAUAAUCUUUGUUGCUGUAAUGACCCUUCUGGGUAACAAUCUCCAUCCAAACGAGCUCUAUUCAUGUAGAUAUUGCUUUCUUCUUGAUCCACACGGAGGUUUCGGAGUGCUUGUCCAAGCUGUGGAGCAACUGAUCCGGGACAAAUCAGCUCCUCCUGAAGUUCUACAGAAGCUCACAUACCUCAUCCUGAGGCAUGAUCCUCAGAUCAAACGAGUUGACACAGUCCGUGCUUACACAUUCGGAGUCCUUUACUCCGUCGAGGUGGACAUCGAGCUCUCAGUAUAUAUGCUACUAAAAGAAGCACAUGCGAUUAGAGAGUCACUGCAGAUAAAGAUCGAAGACCUACCUGAAGUCGAGAGGGCAUUUGUGCAUCUCGAUUACGAGUGCGACCACAAGCCUGAGCACUCUGUCCUCAUCCGGCUCCCCAGUGGCCAGCACUGAGGGAUAGUUAAGAAUUUUUUUUUUCUUUUUAGAUUUACUCGAAUGGCUCUUGAUGGCUGAAAACUCGAUUGUUAUGUUAAGUGUUUU